AUGACUUCAAGAGCUAUUUUGACUUUUGUCCUGCUAGUCUCAGCAACUUUGGCAGCGGCGCCUGAAGGUGGUGUGUCGUUCUGGGGGGGAAAAGUAACACUGCGCUGUCCUGGCAACGGAACGUGGUUUAAAGUCAAUGGAAAGAAAGUUGAAAGUGUGGAGACUGAAUCCACGAAGAAGACAUAUGAAUAUAAAUACACUACUGGCAGCAAGGACCAUUACUACUGCAAAUACAAUGACCAAAAAUACCAUUUUUAUAUCCAAGGAAAAGCGUGUGAAUACUGUUUUGAGUUGGAUGGCCUGGUUUUGGCAGGAGUUAUUGUUGUGGAUGUGAUUGGAACAGUCGUAGUUAUGCUCACAGUCUACAAAUGCACCAAGAAGAAGAAGAAGGCCGCAGCGUCGCCACGUGCAGCCAAACCUGUCCGUCGCCGGGAGGAAAUACCCAUUGACUCAAAUUAUGCUCCUUUGAGCGUCCACACUCGCUCCUCGGACUACUCUGUCAUUAACAGAACGGGAUAG